CCUUGCUGCUCCAACCCAUGUCAGAACAGAGGAGUCUGCAUGACGACAGGAUUUGAUCAGUACGAAUGUGACUGUACAAGGACAGGAUUUUAUGGGGAAAACUGUACGACACCGGAGUUCUUCACCUGGCUGCGGCUAACGUUGAAACCUUCACCAAAUACUGUCCACUACAUCCUUACCCACUUCAAAGGAGCCUGGAAUAUUGUCAACAGCAUUCCCUUCUUACGAGAUGCUAUUAUGAGAUAUGUAUUAACGUCAAGAUCACACUUGAUUGACAGCCCACCAACUUACAAUAGUGAUUAUAGUUACAAAAACUGGGAAGCUUAUUCCAAUCUUUCCUAUUACACAAGAAGCCUUCCACCAGUAGGACUUGACUGCCCAACCCCAAUGGGUGUUAAAGGUAAGAAGGAGCUCCCGGAUUCCAAGCUGAUUGUGGAAAAGUUUUUGCUACGGAGGAAAUUUAUUCCUGACCCCCAAGGCACAAACGUGAUGUUCACAUUCUUUGCCCAGCACUUCACUCAUCAGUUCUUUAAGACGGACCACAAGAAAGGACCUGGCUUCACCAAAGGCCUUGGCCACGGGGUCGACUUGAACCAUAUUUAUGGAGAGACUCUGGAGAGGCAACUUAAACUAAGACUUCUAAAGGAUGGAAAGCUAAAAUACCAGAUGAUUGGUGGAGAAAUGUAUCCACCAACUGUGAAGGACACUCAGGCAGAGAUGAUCUACCCUCCUCAUGUGCCUGAACACUUGCAGUUUUCCGUGGGGCAGGAGGUGUUCGGUUUGGUCCCGGGCUUGAUGAUGUACGCUACGAUAUGGCUGAGGGAACACAACCGGGUCUGCGACAUCCUGAAACAGGAGCACCCGGAGUGGGAUGACGAGCAGCUGUUCCAAACUACUAGACUCAUACUGAUAGGAGAGACAAUCAAGAUUGUUAUCGAGGACUACGUGCAACACUUGAGUGGCUACCACUUCAAACUCAAGUUUGAUCCCGAGCUGCUGUUCAACCAGCGAUUUCAAUACCAGAACCGAAUUGCAGCCGAAUUCAACACUCUCUACCACUGGCACCCGCUCCUGCCUGACACUUUCCAGAUACACGACCAGGAGUACACUUUCCAGCAGUUCCUCUACAACAACUCUAUCAUGCUGGAGCAUGGCCUUUCCCACAUGGUGAAGUCUUUCUCCAAGCAAAGCGCUGGCAGGGUUGCUGGUGGGAAAAACGUUCCUGUUGCCGUACAGAAAGUGGCAAAGGCUUCGAUUGACCAAAGCAGGCAAAUGAGAUACCAGUCCUUGAACGAGUACAGGAAACGCUUCAUGUUGAAACCAUUCAAAUCCUUUGAGGAACUUACAGGAGAAAAAGAAAUGGCGGCUGAACUGGAAGAGCUUUAUGGAGAUAUUGAUGCGAUGGAGCUGUAUCCAGGCCUCCUCGUGGAAAAACCACGGCCAGGUGCCAUCUUUGGCGAGACGAUGGUGGAGAUAGGAGCACCGUUCUCUCUGAAAGGACUGAUGGGAAAUGCCAUCUGCUCCCCUGAGUACUGGAAGCCGAGCACCUUUGGUGGAAAAGUGGGCUUCGAAAUAAUCAACACUGCCUCCUUACAGAAGCUCAUCUGCAACAACGUGAAAGGCUGUCCUUUCACUGCCUUCCACGUCCUAAAUCCCGAACCCACCGAGGCAACGAUCAAUGUUAGUACCUCCAAAACAGCCAUGGAAGAUAUCAACCCCACGCUGCUGCUGAAAGAGCGAUCUGCUGAGUUGUAACAAUCCAUCUAUUUAUUUAUUUAACGACAUAAUUUAUUCUAUUUAUGGUU